CGCUGCUCUCUCUCGUCUCCUGCGCGUCUGCCGCGCGUCACCUGCUCCAGACAGGCAUACAUUCGCGCUUCCAAGCGACGUCAACGCUAGUAUCAUUUACUACCACUGCUCUCAAUACUACCACCACCACCAGCAACAGCAACACAUCGACUACCACCACCUCUAGGACUUCCACUAGCCUUAAUGGCACUUUUAGCGUGGAUAUCAACGU